AUGCUACUCUACGUGUGCUGCAAGGUGGUAAAAGAAGAUGGGUCAGACAUUGAUGAUGAUGCCCGGGUGGCCCUAACAAACUACCCCAUUGCCACCCUUUUUAACCAGCUGGAUGUUACUUUAGGUGACCGUCUUAUCAGUCAGAGCAACAAUUGUUACCCUUACAGAGGCUUAAUAGAGCUAAUUUUGAACUACAGCCAUGACACCCUCGCUACGCAGUUUUUGACAGGAGGGUUUCAUAAAGACACGGCGGGGGCCCACGAAAACACCCUUUUGGUCGGCGCGGCUAAUGAGGGGUUUAUGCGCAGGACCAGACUAAUGGCCAGCAGCAGGAAGCUGGAUUUGUUGGGACCUUUAAACAGCGAUUUGUUUUUUCAAGAAAAACUAUGGCUGAACGGCAUGGAUUUAAAAAUUAAACUGACGCGUAGCAAAGAUGUUUUUUGCCUCAUGAGUGGGAAUGCCAACCAGAAUUAUAAAGUUCACAUUAUUUCAGUGUCCCUGUUUGUAAAACGGGUAAAAGUAACCCCGGGGGUUCAUUUGGGGCACGCUGAAGCUCUAAUGACCACAAAUGCUAAGUACCCGGUAGACCGGGUGGGCAUAAAGGUGUUUAGCAUUCUCUCCGGCAGUCGUGUUAGUAACCAGGAAAACCUCUUUUUGGGACAGCUACCCAAGCAGCUUAUAAUCUGUUUUAUAGAUCACGAAGCCUUCAGCGGCAGCUACAUUAAAAACCCUUUUAACUUUAAACAUUAUAACAUUAAUUUUGUGGCCUUGUAUGUGGAUGGCGAACAGGUGCCAGGAAAACCCCUACAACCUGAUUUUGAAAAUGGAAACUGUGUGAGGGAGUACAUGCAGCUUGUGCAGGCUACUGGAAAAUAUGUAAAAGGCCGCUUGCUCUUAAUCAACAGUGAUGAAUUUGUCCAAGGCUAUACACUGUACGCCUUCGAUCUGACCCCGGAUCAGGAGUGUGCCGAUCAUUAUUCUCUGAUUCAAACUGGAAACCUGAGAGCGGAAAUUCGGUUUGCAUUGGCUUUGCCCUCUACGGUUAACAUGAUAGUGUAUGGGGUUUUUGAUAAUGUGCUCGAAGUGAAUCAUAGAAGAAACAUCCUGUUUGACUAUAUGUGA